ACUUCAAAUGAAACUUCGUCGUACUUUAUUAACACCAGCGGAAAGAGAGUCAUUAGCAUAUGAUAUACCACAAACUGGGCCCAUGGCAAGUAUCGUUGCUACCAUUAUCUUGACUUUAAUUGUUCAUGAAUUACAAUCCUUUUGUGAAAUUGAAAAUUAUUCGACCGCAAUAACUAUGAAUUUAUUCUUAUGGCUUGUUGCAAGUGCUUUGUCAUUUACGCGAUACAUUUCCUAUAACUUGUCCGCGUCAUUAUUCUUUAUUGACACGAUACACGAUUGUAUCCAAUUGAUAGGAAUAGCUAUAACUAUACAAUAUUUUCAUUAA